AUGGCAAAGACUGUUCAUCCUGAUAAAUCAAGCGAAGAUCAUCUUGUAUUUCAAGUACUCAAUGAAGCAAAGUUGAAAACGGCGCAGUUCCAAAUGAAUGAAAUAUUGCGUAAUAAUAAUAAUGUGUCGACACCAUCUCAUCCUCCUCCUCCUCCUGCUGCUGCUGCUGCUACUACCACUCAUCAUACUUAUCAUACUCAACCUUUGAUGGCAAAGAGGAAAGCAUCUCCUGCUAGUAAAAAGACUGCUGCUGCUGCUGCAACACCUGCACCUACACCUACACCUACACCUAAACCACCAACUCAACAACCACCAUAUAAUACAACAUCAACUACGACGACACCCACUAACCCUAAUUUUACACAAACACCUCUUUAUGCUCACUCACCAAUGAGUCGAUUCGUUUUCAAGAUACCGACCAAGGAAGAAGCUGCAAAGGAGCAAUUGGCAAAGGAAAAAGCAGAGGAAAAGGCAAGAGAGGAUAGAGAGAGAGCCGAGAGGAUCAGAGCUCAGAAAGCAAAGCUUGAAGAGGAGCAACGAGACCGAGAAAGAUUGGAAAAAGAACAAGCUUUGAGAAGGUUGGAAAAAGAGAAAAGAGAAAAGGAACAAGAAGAAGAGGAAGCAGAGAGAAAGGAAAAAGAGAAAAGGGAAAAGGAAAAGGAAGAGGAGAAAAAGGGUAGAAAUUUAUAUAAAGAUUUCUAUCAAGCUGGUCAUGACGUUGAUGAUGAUGAUGGUUUAGACAAGAUGAACACUGGAAAUGAAGAGGAUAAUGAAAAAGAGGAGAAGGACAAAGAGGAGGAGAAAGAGGAAGAACAUCAAAAUGGUUCUUCUACCAAAAAUCACAAGAGAAAGAAAAUAUCAAUCACAAGCGACAAUAGUAGUAGUAGUGUAACAAGUAGUGUAAAAAAGACAAGAAAUAGUAUUAAUAAUAACAAAGACAAAGACAAAUCUAAUGGUAGUGGUAAUGACAAGAAACCUUUAAAAAGAAAACAAUCUCAAGAUAGUAGUGAUGAAGAUGAAGAUGAAAGAGAAAAGGAAACACCAACUAAAAGAAAGUCAAAGGAAAAUAAUAAUAAUAAUAAUGAUACAGCUUCCAACAAAUAUAAAAGUGUGGAUAGCGACGUAGAAUUACAACCAUUGAAAAAGAAAAAAACAAAGUCACCAUCACCACCACCAUCACAAUAUAUAGACAUUGAUGGAGGUGAUGAUGUAGUCAUUAAAAUCACACAAGAAUUUGAUGAUGAGGAUUUCUACUCUUCGUCUCCAUCCACUUCUAAAAACUAUACCACUGUCGACUAUAGUCCUCUAAAAUAUUCUUCCUCCUCUUCUUCUUCAACUGGACGAUCAAAAGAAAAGGAAGAUAAAAUGGAUAUCGAUGAUGAUGAUGAAAAUGAAAAAGAAAAAGAAAAAGAAAAGGAACAUCUAAAAAAGAUGAAGAAAAGACAAGAGGAGGAGGAGGAAGAGGAACAAAAAGAAUUAAAAAAGAAGAAAAUGAAGAAAAAGGAAUCAGACUACGAGACAGAAGAUGAUGAUGAAGUUACCAAACCCAUCAAAAAGAAAAAGUUGAAUGAAACCACUUUUGAAAAGACCAAGAUAUCUUCACCACAUACAAUUACUCGAUCGGCGACAAAGAGGAAAAUAGAAUUGAAAAAGAAACAACAACAACAACAACAACAAGAGCAUGAUGAUAAUGAUGAAAGUUCUAGCGAUAAUGAAAAUAAUAAGAAGAAAUCACUAGAAAAAGAGAAAAAGAGAAAGGCAACAACAACAACAACAACUAGAAGGGUAGUACCAACAACGAAAAAUAAUAAUAAUAAUAAUAAUAAUAAUAAUAAUAAUAAUAAUAAUAAUAAUAAUAAUAAUAAUAAUAAUAAUAAUAAUAACAAAAAGAAAAAGAUAGUAGAUACAUUCAAGUUUGAAUCAGAUCCAACCGAUUACGAUGUAGAAAAGAUAUUGGCGUCGAGAAAACGGUAUGGUCGUACACAAUACCUCGUCAAAUGGAAAGGAUACAGUCAACAAGAAUCCACUUGGGAGGAUGAAAAAAAUUGUAAUUGUGAUGAUUUGAUUAAAGAAUUCAAGCAGGACAGUUCCAAGGCCACUAGCUAA